CCCAUGCGGGACACGUGGAGCAUCGUUCACUAAUCGCAGGAGGAAAGUAGUAUAUUGUUGUCUUAAUUUUAGAAACUUCUCCUGCCACGUUGCUGCUAGUUUUCAGAAACGUUUUCCUUCGUUAAGUUUUAGGGGAAGUUUAAACACGCGUCAUGGCCUCGACGGUAGACAUGAUAGAGAGCAGGAAGGAAUCCAACGGUGAGGCUCACCUCGACGAGCCCAUGCCCAACGGGCUGGACAUCCCCAAGAGGAGCACCCCGGAGACUUUGUCUCAGCGAGUGCUGAGGAUCGUUAGGGCCAACCUGCUGGUGAUUCUCACCGUGGCCGGGGUUAUCGUUGGUGUUUUUAUUGGACUUGGUGUGCGUAAUGUAACACUAACGAGAACCCAGGUGAUUUACGUCGGUUUCCCAGGUGAGAUUCUCAUCCGGUUGCUGAAGAUGAUCAUCAUUCCUCUGGUGGUCUGCAGUCUGGUGUCCGGAGCGGCCAGCAUCGACCCUAAAGCCCUGGGCAAACUCGGCGGCUUGGCUAUGCUCUUUUUCCUGAUCACCACCUUGAUUGCGUCCUCGAUCGGGGUCGUGAUGGCUUUCAUCAUAUCGCCGGGGUCUGUGUCCGUCUCCAAGCCGCCCUACUUGGAAGAAGAAGUGCCUGCGCAUAAAGAAGUUAUAGACUCCUUCUUAGAUUUGAUAAGAAACAUCUUUCCCUCCAACCUCGUGUCUGCUGCUUUUCAGUCUUAUGCAACCUCCUAUAAGCUGAUGAAAAAGAAUGGCACAGAUGGAAUCACCAAUAUCACGGUGGAGAAGGUGCCUUUUGGAACAGACCAGGAUGGCAUGAAUAUUCUUGGUCUCGUAGUGUUUGCCAUCGUGUUUGGGGUGGCUUUGCGGAAGCUGGGAGAGGAAGGAGAGAUCCUGAUCAAGUUCUUUAACGCCUUCAACGAGGCCACCAUGGUGCUGGUGUCCUGGAUCAUGUGGUAUGCCCCAAUCGGUAUCAUGUUUCUUGUAGCUGGGAAGAUUGUGGAAAUGGAAGAUGUUGGAAGCCUGUUUGCCAGUUUGGGGAAAUAUAUUGCCUGCUGCCUCAUUGGACAUGCCAUCCAUGGAAUACUUGUGUUGCCAGGCAUCUACUUUAUCUUUACAAGGAAGAACCCUUACACCUUCCUCUGGGGGAUAUUCACGGCUCUAGCCACAGCCUUUGGAACAAGCUCCAGUUCUGCCACGCUGCCCCUCAUGAUGAAGUGCGUGGAGGAAAAGAACGGCGUAUCCAAGCAAAUCAGCCGCUUCAUCCUGCCCAUUGGAGCAACGGUCAACAUGGACGGUGCGGCUCUCUUUCAGUGCGUGGCCGCAGUUUUCAUUGCACAGCUGAACGACGUUUCCCUUAACUUCAUCCAAGUCAUUACCAUCCUCGUUACAGCUACAGCAUCCAGCGUUGGAGCAGCAGGAAUUCCUGCAGGUGGUGUUCUGACUUUAGCUAUUAUCCUGGAGGCAAUAGGACUCCCCACCAGCGACAUUUCUCUUAUCCUGGCUGUUGACUGGCUUGUUGAUCGUACCUGCACGGUGCUCAAUGUGGAGGGUGAUGCUUUCGGCGCGGGGAUCUUGCAGUUCUUUGUGGACCGAGAUGCCAAACGAAACGGAGCUGAGCUGACCGAGGUCCGGCUGGAGGCCGUGCCCGAGAGCUCGCCACUCAUUAGUAAACGAAGCGAUGCUCAGAAAUCAGGUUCUGGUGAAAAAGAGUCAAGUAUGUAAUGCGACUGCCGAUGUUUUCAAGAACUCCUGGCUCAGUUAUUUGAUACUUGUGGGGAAAAAAAAAAAAGAAGAAGAGAAAACUGAACGUCAAGCCCCUCGUUUCCGUUUUCUGCUCUGAAGAAAAGAGUAUAGUGAGAGACUGGACAACGCCAAGAAAAGUUCUGACAUCAACACUUUUCUAGAGGGGUAGCUGAAAAUUCACAUGGGGGCAUUUAAUGACUUUUUUUGUAGUGGGUUUUUUUUUUUGUGUGUGUGUGUGUGUGUGUGUGGAUGAGACGGUAUUGUACACUAGACUGGCUGCUUUCACUCCAGUCUGAUGUUGCGCUCAAUUGGUCCUCAUCAGCUGUCAUGUCUGAAAUUAUUAUCAUGUGACAGAACUAUGGAGAUAAGUUGAUGGCAAACACUGUGUGUUUGUGUGUGAGCAUUUUAUCAGAUUCUUUACUAAGGAGGAAAGAAUCUGAUUGGUGAGUAAGUUUGUGAUGUGACCAGUGCAUCCACCCACAAAAGCUGGACCAAUGAACUUCUUCAAGACGCAAUAGGCAUGAUAUAUAAAUAAUGAGGGAGCUUAAGUUACAUGAAUGCACUGGUCUGUCACUAAAGUUUUGCCCAAUUUCAUUUGUAUCAUUGAACCUGCGUCUUAGCAAAUUACUGGCAAACACUCCACGAGACAACACAAAAAACCUCUGACUUUAUAAGUAGAGGACCUCCAUACUGUUUACUGCACCCACUGUGUCAUAUAUAUGUUGUUUAUUGGGUUCUUUUUUUUUAAUUAUUGGAAUUUGUCAACUUCAAACAUGUUUUGGCUACUUUCAUGCAGAAUUCAUCCAGUGUUGUGUUUUAAACUGCAAGUACUUUGUAUUUGAGUUUAAGUGCAUUCUUUACACUCUGCAUGAAAGUAGCUCUGACAAAAUCCAGUUGGUUUUUUUUUUUUUGUGUGUUUGUUUUGGUGGAAGAAUCCGUUAAUCUUUUAUUGUGUUUAAGGUUAUUAUGUGAAAUGACCUUCUCACCGUGAGGGGAUGAAACGGCAGUCGAUCUGUCCUAAGACUCAGUUCGUCUUCUGAAGCACACCAAAUGAAAACACGUCCUCAGUAAUCACCCAAACUUGAAUGAAGGCCUCUUUGCUCAUGGACCUGCUAUAUGUAAUAAACCAUGUGGAGAAAAAUGCUGCGAUUACCAACACAUCCUCAGGUUUUGACUUUGGCUGGAAGACUUUCCUCUGCGUGCUCCUUAAAAUACUCCAGGACCAAAAGUUAAAUAGACUCGGCAACAGAGUUCUAGUCACAGUCUUGCUUUGCUCUUGUGCAGGUACAAGUGGUUUAACACACACUAUGCAACAAUGACUGUUUGAUGUCAUAAAUUGUGUGGUGUCACUACAUGUCAUAUAUGAGCAACCAACUUCCUUACACUACAAGGAUGUCUCUAUUUUAUAAGAAGAGAGAGGUGUACACACCUAAAUAACUUGGGUAAAGGGAGGAAUCUCAUAAUCUGUUUUGCCUAUAGUGGGCAUAAACACGCAGUAAUAGUUAGGUGGCCUACACCCAACUAAGAACUUCUGGUAGUAAUUUCUAAAUUCAUAUUUAUUUCUUUAAGCUUCAAAGACAUUUGUCAUAUUUAACUUUGUAAAUGCUAAUAAUUCCAAACUUCCUUUUUCCAGCUUCAACUCUUCUCUUAGCAACUUGUUGGAUUUGGAUAUUUUUAGUUAUCACAAUCUCUUCUAUUUGGUGUGAGCUACAGUUUUAAAUGUAUUUUUUUUUUUACUACUUCUUUUAAAAAAUGUUUAUAUCAGUGGGGAAGACUUAAGGCUCUGGAGACAAGUCGUUAGAUCAUUGAUGUUAAAGAGAUACUGUCUGGUGUGGCGAUGUAUCAAAGAGAGCAAAUACAAGUCCGGCUGGCCUGGAACUGACCCCCUUCCCUAAUAAACGCCUGGCUAUUGAAGUACCCAGAUACGGUUUUUAAAUUAAUGAAAGUAAUAUAGCACAAUAUUAUAUUUUUCCAUCCAUAUCAACUGUUAAUCACUAUCUUAUAUAGACCUGAGUAGGGCAAAUACUGUUAAAUCCAAAACCAGAUAUUUUUUUAAGCCCGCUUUCCUUGUCAGCCUUUUCAUUAGCUUUACAGAAUUUAAAAAGACAAUCAUUUAACUGCAAGCUUGAGGUCUUAGCAUUUCUUAUGUCAUGAAAAAAUUCUUCUUUUUUUUUUUCCCCGCUUGUUCCUUUUGUGGUGCAAGAUUACUUCCUGAACUCUUCCAUUAUGUGGCUGUCUGGCUUUGUUUGUUUGUUUAAAGUGGGCUACGACUGUAAAAUAACUUAUUGUCUGAAUGUACUGUCAGCAACCUUUCAGCAAUAAAUGUUUUUUAUAUAUAUAAA